AUGCGCGGGGAUAGGCAGUUAAGGGGUUGGGCCGGGGGAGACAGAGAUGUCCCCGGAAAAGGGAAGUUGCGUCUCCUUUCUGUGUCUAGACCUCUAAAUCCUUCUGAGGGAGAAAAGGAGAGCAGCAGACAAGCAAAAGGUAAAAAGCAGCCCUCCCCGGGCUUGUUUGAGGCUGCGCCCCCUCCCCAAGGUGGCAGGAGCCGCGGGGAGCCUCCCAGCUCCAGGACGGAUGCUGUGCAUCCUCUCCACCUGGAUUUCCCGGGAAUCCCCAGGAAAUCCACCCUGAAGCCAGAACAUGUCUCUAUAGCAGAAACAGAGAAUCCAAACCAGCCACAGUCAGCAUUAAAAGCCCUCCAAUAUCAGCUGGAGUCAUUUCAGGCUCUCCGCACACAAACUUUACAAAAUGUUAGCAUGGUACAAUAUGAAAUUAGUGAAAUAUUGAAUAAAAGUAUUAUCGAAGUAGAGAGUCCACAGUUUGGCACAGAAAAGGCAACUAAGAAACCUGUUGAAAAAGUUACGGAAGAACAAGCCAUCAGAAUAUUACACAAGGAUAGUGAAAACCAAAAGACCUUAAAAGAGUCUACAGAAAAUACAGAAGAAACUCUUUCUAAGGAGAAAAUUAAUCUUUUUGAGGAGUCUAACACUACUCAUUCUGAGGAGGAAAAUUCCAAUUCUGUCACUAGCAAUAGUGUCUCCCAAGGUGUAACUACUCCAUCCCAGGUUACUUCCAAGAACGUAUCAACUUUGAAAAAUCAAACAAAUAGAUCAACCUCAAGCCCAAAUAUGAGCACUUUAGAAAAAUCAAACUUACUCAAGAAUUGCAGUGACUUUUAUAGUUUUCUCCCUUACAUAACUCAAAAUCUAUAUUCUGCCAAUACAGCUUUUCCAAUUGAAUCUAAAAGUAGCAUGCCUUUUCUCAAAGAAGAAUUUGGUGGAAACUUAGAAGAUGUUUGCCAUUCCAUUAAAAAAAUGAAAGAUGAGCUUCAAAGAUCACAUGAAAGGGAAAUGGCUCUUGCAAAUGAACUUCAUUUGCUAAAGAUUGCUACAGAUGCUCAAGGUAUUGGUUCAAAUAUCCCAUUUCUUCCAAAAUUGGAAAAAGUUGAACCUAUUAAGAAAGAAAAUAUAAAUGGUGAAUUAAAUGAGGACAUAAAAUCAAGCAGAAUUUCAGAGUUAGAGGCAUUGAUAAACAAAUUGAUUCCACUAGGGGAAACAAUGUCAAAAUUUUGUACUAAUUAUUAUCAGAACAGUCAAAGCUUAUCUGAGAAUCAGCCUACAGCAAAUUUGAACCACAGCACUAUACAAAAUGAAGUAAAGAGUGAGAAAAAUAAUAGGGAAAUUCCUAACACUGACAUGAUUAAACAUUUACAAUUGGAUUCCAGCAAUCCAAAAGAUACAUCAUCAUUAAUUGACCAAACAGAACGUGAAAUGAAAGAUAAAGAAAAGCAACUAUUUGAGUUAUACCAAGGAUCACUAAAGCUUGAAAAUGAGAAGUCAUUAAAAAUCAACCCUGUAACUGAUCAAUAUGUUGCAAAAAUUCAGUAUUUACAUAAUUAUUUAAAAGAAUCUGUGGAAGUACAGAAGAAAGUACUAGGACUAGAAAAUGAAAAUCUUGAUCUAAAGACAAAAAUAAAACCCAUGGUUUAUACCAUACAGUCUCUGAUGCAGAAAAAUUCAACAUAUCAAAAUCAACUUGAGGAUUUAGUUGAAGAGAAGAAAACCAUUCAGGAUAAAUUAAGUAAAGCAGAAGAAGAUAAUAAAGAAUGUAUUAUUGAACUGAAAAGAAUAAUACAGAAGUAUAGUGAACUCCAAAAUGUAAAUAAAGUUCUAGAAGAAAAAAAUGGCCAACUGUCUUUGGAGAUACAAUGCAUGAUUGAAUUAAUAAAUCAGUUAAAAAUUAAAGAAGAGAAAACUCAAAGUGAUAUGGUUCUCGUCAAUCAUGAAGUGAAUAGAUUGACAAUGGAACUAGAAUCUCUGACAAAAAGUAAUUCGGCAUUACAAAAUGAUAAACAGAUGUUGGAAAGAAAAGCAUGCCAACUUCAAAAAGAAAAUAGCUCACUUGAACAUGAACUAAAAGGAAGUCAUUUGGAGAUACUGCAACUAAAAGAAAAAGAGAGAUUAACAAAAUCUGAUCAAGAGGCUCUUCUUCAAGUGAUACAGACUACUAAAAAUGAAAAACUUAAUCUCGAAGCCACAUUACAAGAAUCUGCAGCUGCCAGACAGAUAAUAGAGAAAGAAGUUGAAAAAAUCCAAUCCUACCAAUGUGAUGCAAAAGAGAAAUUUCAAGCAGAACUUCAAAAUGCAAAAUCCAAAGCCAGCUUUUUUAAGAAUGGUUUGUCUGAAAUGGGCAAGGAAUGUGAGAAGUUAUCCAAAAUGGUCAAGGGCCUUCAGUCAGAUAAUCAAGUGCUGAAAGAAGAACUGAAGAAGCAUACUCAAGAAAAUCUAAAAUUUGCAAAGAACAUCAGCAGGCUAACUGAAGACAAGGUGCUUUUAGAAAACUAUUUAAGAACAGUAGAAAAUGAGAGGGAUACUUUGCAAUUUGAGGUACAGCGUCGACGGGAUUACUUUACCUCAGGUAAAGUAUUUUCAAAUAAACAUCGUGAGCUGACUCAACUGACUUACACCAAAAGAAAUGAACAUUGUCAUUUUGGUGAUUAGUGAUACUUAUGAAAAAAAUUUAAUUUCAAGAGUAAUAUUUCAGAGCAUGACUUAAAAGGUAUGUAUAUUGUUUUGAGUUAGUAUAGUUACAUUUAAGUUUGAUUUACACAGUUGAACAUUAAUUCAGAGUAAUAAUAAUUGGAUUACAAAGUACUUUAUAAACUAAAUAUUGCAUAAGCAUCAUCCAAUAUGAUCCUAAAAACAGCCUGAUAAAGCAGUCAAGGUAGGACAUAAUCCUGCUUUGCAGAUGAAGAAACUGAGGCUGAGAGUGGUUAAGUGGCCAUGACUAAUACUUGGCAGAGCUCAGGCUCUCAUCCUACUUUAUUGUGCUCCUCCACUGCUACAAGAAGAUAAGAGGACAAUUUCUAGAUGAAGACAAUUUAAUAUUUUAAGAAUUAUUUAAGUAGAUUCAUUUAGCAAUUUUACCAUUCUGAUUGAAUCUACAUUACUUACAUCAUAUACAUGCAGAGGAUCUUUGGGAUGUGACAUUUAGGUUUUUUUCCUUUAGAUUGUCCUAAAGUGUAAUUUCUAAAGAACUUCCACCUUAAAAGUCUUUUUUUUUCCUACCAGGCAUAUCACCUAAACUGCAUCAGUCUCAUCCUUCCAAGAAAUGUUAAUAAA